AUCGAUAGAAUAUCAACAAACCGAAGAACACGCGGCCGGCACGAUUAUUGUUUUGUUAUUAUGUCUGCAAAUACAAGUAUUGUUAUGCCCGGCGAACGUGUCACAUCUGUGGAAGAUGUGGCCAAGGGCAAGCGAAUCAUACUGGGUCCGGGACUGCGCAGAGUGGACGACAAAGUUGUGGCCAGCAAGGCGGGCCCUCUGCGCCACAAGGAACCCAACACCUUCUGGGUAGACAGUUAUCAGCGCCGUUAUGUGCCGGCGCGUGGAGACCUAAUCAUUGGAAUUGUCAAGGCUAGGGCCGGCGACAUGUAUCGCGUGGACAUUGGAUCGGCGGACACGGCCUCCAUAUCGUAUCUGGCAUUCGAGGCGGCCACAAAGAAGAAUCGACCCGAUCUCAAUCCGGGCGAUCUGCUCUACGCCCGUGUGCUCAACGCCAAUGCGGACAUUGAGCCGGAGCUGGUGUGCGUUAACUCGAAUGGGAAGCAUGGCAAGCUGGGCGUGCUGCAAGAUGGCUUCUUCUUCAAGUGCAGUCUGAAUCUGGGACGACUACUCUUGCGAGACAGCUGUCCAGCACUGGCGGCGAUCAAGGAUGAACUGCCCUACGAAAUAGCCGUGGGCGUCAACGGACGCAUCUGGGUGAAGGCGCACUCGACUCGAGAGACUGUGGGAUUGGCCAAUGCCAUAAUGACACUGGAGCAUGCGGGCUAUGCGGAAAUCGACAAGAUCUGCGGCAAUCUGGGCAGCGUGUUGCAAGCGUGAUAAAAUCAUAGAAUUAAUUACUUACAUUCGAAAUUUUGAGCAAACACUUUUGGUUUUAAUCUGAAUACACUGAUUACAAUUUAA